AUGUUGCCCACGCACAUCAGAAUAGCACAGCUGUCCCUCGCGGGCCUGAGCUUCAUCUUCGGCGUCUGCAUUAUGGGCACCGCCGGCCACGCCCUCGCCGUCUACAACGACCAGUACUCGACGAACCCGUGGUGGCUACCGCUCUGGAACGGACACUUCGACGUGCGCGGCACCAACACGCUCGUCGGCGCCGGCGCGGUCAUCACCUUCUUCAACCUCCUCUUCCUCGUCCUCUGCUUCCUCCCCAAGCUCAACCUCACCGAACGCACCACCGCGCGCGCAUUCAUCACGCUCGGCCUGAUCUUCCCGACCAUGGUCGUGGCGUUCGGCUGCUUCAUCUACGCCGCGGUGCUGAACAAGAACUCGCCCGAGGUCGAGACGAUCCAGACGUGGACGUGCAAGUUCAAGGGCAAGCGCCCCGCCAGCACCAGCACCAGCGUGCCCAGCAGCAUCUCGAACCACGAGUUCGGCCGGCUGUGCGCUGAGAGCAAAUUCGCCUUGUACACGACGCUCGUCGUCUUCCUGCUGCAGGGCUUCAUGCUCGUCGUCGCCGUCUUCGGCUGGUGCAUCGAGAAGUGGUACGCGCGCAAGCAGCGCAAGCAGGGCAAGCUCGACGACGGCAGCGUCGAGAUGAACGGCAGCCACCACGACAAGGAGCUGCCCGUCAGUGUCCACUCGGCCGGGUCGAUCACGCCGCCGCCGCCGAGGUACUAG